AUGCCUCUCUCCUCGCCUACUGCAUCCCCCUCCUCCGACUGCGAGGACCUUGCUGUGUCCGGCACGGGCACCCAUCAUUUGCCGCAGAGUCCGGCGAGCUCUGAUUUCUCGGGCAACGAUAAUAGCUUCGAUACGGCACGCCUCUCCACCAGCUCUCAGCCCACCAGUGUUGAAGACGAGGACGAGCACGAGCACGACAGCGAAGCGAAGGACAAGCGCUAUCAAGAGCUUGUCGCCCACUGGCCGUUUGCCCCGCGGAUUUUUGGCGACUUGGUCAAGCAACCGGACUUUCCAGUCCUCCCUGGCGCCCUUGUCAAGGUACCCGACAUUUCGAAGGAAGAGUGGGAGAGCUUGAAGGCGCAGAUAGUGAAGAAGCACGAUAUACUGCAAUACUUUUGGUUCCGUUACGACAGCAACAUGCGUUCCCUGAUAGGGGGGGCCGCCUCAUAUAUCCACCAACUUUUCAUUCAGGGAAUGAAGAACUUCGUUACCAAACAUGUGGUACAACCGAUGGACAAGGACUACUCCCUGCCUGGCUCCAUCAUACUGGACGACGGUGCAAUGUUGUUAGUGCGGCGGGAUCACAUUGAAAUCCCCGACUACGUGCACGCCCGCCUAUUUCAGGUCGAAGGACCACAUUUCAAAGUAAGCUUAGACGUCUACGGAGUUGUGGUAGAGGUUGCCGGUCGCCAGACGUAUGAAGACGCGCUCAUCAGGACGGCGCAAGCGAUGGUGGUGGAGGGUGACGACGACGUAUCGAACAUCGCAUUCAUGGCACCCAGGCCACUGGCGGUUGGAGAGGAGGGACCCUCAGACACGCCUGUGGAGGGUGCCAGGACGCCGAUUGGUGGAGACGAGAUGCAUCAACGAUUCAAUCCGAAGGUCUUCAAGGCGGAGGGGGACCCGACGAGGGAACCCAUGUUCCUCUUCAGGCCGGAGCUCGCCACGUAUGAAGACAAUUUCGACCCUGACUACGACCCGGAUGUGCUCACCUCCCUGCCACCGCUGACCCGGUCAGCGCAGUCUUCGCCCAAAUUCAACAUUGAACAACCCGACCUUCCGAGACCGACUGAGCGCGAUUCCCUGCCCAUCUUCGACAACCCAGGCCAGACCGUGUCUGACGUUACGUUCAUCGUCGUGUCGAUCGAGGAGGGCAAGCAGGUGGCACCCGAGGGCGUCGACAUCAAUGUCACGCACUGGGUCGAGCUACCAUGUCCUCCGGACUGCAUCUCUGGAGGCUGGGCGACGCGAGGGAGGGUCUACGUAGGUCCCCUCCAAGUUUUCGUAUGGGCAUUCCAAGGUGCCAAGGACCACGAGGAACUAUGUGCACUUUACCAUGCAAAGUUAGACGCUUGGCUGAAGUCUGGGCGCUGCAUCCGGGUACAAAAGGUAUACCAGCCAGGCGAGGAGCAAGACCUGCACGACGAGUUCCAGAAGCAUUGGCAACGCUGCUUGCUUACCGUGCGCAAACACCUCGUGAAUCAAACCGUGGCGUGUACCGUGGCGAGCCUCCCGACUCUAGACAGCCAGCGGUACGCCGAGAAAAUCAAGGCCAACCCCCCAAAUGUGAGGGAGCCUGAGAUUCCGACGCCGUCGGAGAUGCUCUUUCCGAUCGCGGAGAGCGCUGCAUGGCGCACCGCCACGCAGCGGUUCAGCAAGGUGAACCACAAGCCGACCAAGUACGGCAUGGACGGCCUGGGCAACAACGGGAACAAUAACACCUUCGACGACCUGGGCGACUUUUCGGGCGCGAUCGCGUUGGGGGAAAACGUCAAAAGUAACCUCUGUACCGACAACGUGAAAGCCCUAGAGCAGAUCGCCAAGCAGCGGAAGCUGGAGGUGACCCGGGGCAAGAUCGUCGAGGCUCCUAUGGAGCCAUCCAUCGCUGAGGAGACGACAACCGGCACGGCGACCUCCAGUGGCUCCGAGUACGUACCGGGGUCCACUGCCACCGAUGCUAUGUCGUAUGGCAGUGACUAA